GUUAAUUGUGAGUGAAUUGUGAAUUGUCGAGGCUGGAAUUAUGAAGCUCUCGUCUACUUGGGCCAUUGCCUGUUUGGCGGUCCAGGCUGCUGGUGCUGCUAUCAGCCAUCAAUUGAAUGGGUUGACGAUCACCGAGCAUUCGGAUCCUGUUAAGCGGGCGUUGCUUCAGAAAUAUGUGACAUGGGAUGAGAAGUCUAUCUUCGUCAAUGGCGAGAGGAUCAUGUUGUUCAGUGGUGAAGUCCACCCAUUCCGUCUGCCUGUUCCAUCUUUGUGGAUUGAUGUCUUCCAAAAGGUCAAGGCUUUAGGAUUCAACUGUGUUUCUUUCUAUGUUGACUGGAAUCUGCUGGAGGGCAAACCCGGGCAAUAUACCGCCGAGGGAAUCUUUGCGCUAGAGCCUUUCUUUGAUGCCGCCAAAGAGGCUGGUAUCUAUCUCCUUGCUCGUCCUGGUCCCUAUAUCAAUGCCGAAGCAUCGGGUGGCGGUUUCCCAGGCUGGCUUCAGCGUGUGAAUGGAACGCUGCGAACUAGUGAUGAGGCUUACCUCAAGUCAACUGAUAACUACAUCGCCAAUGUCGCUGCAACAAUUGCCAAAGGCCAAAUCACAGAAGGCGGUCCGAUCAUUCUGUAUCAGCCCGAAAACGAGUACAGCGGUGCCUGUUGUGGAUACAAUGGUUUCCCAGAUGCAGUCUACAUGCAGUAUGUCGAGGACCAAGCGCGCAAUGCUGGUGUCGUCGUGCCACUGAUUAGCAAUGAUGCCUGGGCUGGUGGUCACAACGCACCUAGCACUGGCAAGGGAGCGGUUGAUAUCUACGGUCAUGAUAGCUACCCCCUCGGCUUUGACUGUGCCAACCCUUCUACUUGGCCCUCUGGUAACUUGCCCACUGGGUGGUAUCAAACGCACAUGAAGCAAAGCCCUGCGACUCCCUACUCUCUGGUUGAAUUCCAAGGUGGAGCGUUUGAUCCCUGGGGAGGGGUUGGGUUCACGAAGUGUGCUGCUCUUUUGAACCAUGAGUUUGAGAGAGUGUUCUAUAAGAAUAACCUCAGUUUCAGGGUUGCUUUCCUGAACCUGUACAUGAUCUUUGGUGGUACCAACUGGGGUAAUCUUGGUCACCCAGGUGGCUAUACUUCGUAUGAUUAUGGCUCUCCCAUUACCGAGUCUCGAAAUAUCACCCGCGAGAAGUACAGUGAGCUUAAGUUGAUUGGAAACUUUGCUAAGGCGUCUCCGGCAUACUUGCUAGCGACACCAGGAGCCUUGACUACUUCCACGUACACUACAUCGUCUGAUAUUGCCGUGACACCCCUGCUCGGUGGUAACAGCACAGCUUCUUCCUUCUUCGUGGUCCGACACAAUGACUAUUCAAGCCAAGCUUCAGUUGACUACAAGCUCAAGGUUUCUACUAGCGCUGGCUCAGUCACAAUUCCCCAGCUUGGUGGAAGCUUGACUCUCAGUGGUCGUGAUUCCAAGAUCCAUGUUGUUGACUAUGAUGUUGCGGGAACCAACAUCCUCUACUCUUCCGCUGAAGUGUUUACCUGGAACAAGGUUGGUAAAUCCAAGGUGCUUGUACUGUACGGCGGCCCUGGUGAACACCACGAGCUGGCAGUCACUUCCACGUCCAAGGCAUCUGUUGUCGAGGGGUCCUCGUCGGGUAUCACCACCAAGCAGGUUGGAACGGCCGUCGUGAUCGGCUGGGAUGUCUCCACCACUCGUCGUAUUGUCGAAGUGGGCGACUUGAAGGUUUUGCUUCUUGACCGUAACUCUGCCUACAAUUACUGGGUCCCUCAGGUUCCGGCCUCAGGUACUAGCCCUGGCUAUAGCACCCAAAAUGCCGCCGCCUCAGCUGUCAUUGUCAAGGCCGGCUACCUUGUGCGAACUGCCUAUCUGAAGGGCAGCGACCUUCAUCUCACGGCCGACUUCAACGCCACCACACCCAUCGAGGUGAUCGGCGCGCCAUCCAACGCAAAGAACCUAGUUAUCAACGGCAAGAAGGCCCAAGUCAAGGUCGACAAGAACGGAAUCUGGUCUAGCAGCGUCGCAUACAGUGCACCCAAGAUCAAGCUCCCAACACUCAAGAGUCUGAAGUGGAAAGCCAUUGACACCCUCCCCGAGAUCCAAAACACAUACGAUGACUCUAAGUGGGUUGCUGCCGACCACGCCAGCACCAAAAACAACGUCCACGCCCUCCAGACCCCAACCUCCCUUUACUCGUCCGACUACGGCUUCCACACCGGAACCCUAAUCUAUCGAGGCCACUUCACCGCCACGGGUGAUGAAAAGACCUUCUUCGUGCACACCCAAGGCGGCUUAGCAUUCGGCAGCUCAGUCUGGCUAAACGAGACACACAUUGGGUCCUGGGGCGGAAUCUCCAUCAACAGCGACCACAACGCAACAUACACCCUCCCAACCCUAACAAAGGGCAAGACCUACGUGUUCACAAUAGUCGUGGACAACAUGGGCCUGAACGAAGACUGGACCGUCGGCUCAGAGGAAAUGAAACUCCCCCGCGGUAUAAUCAACUACAAUCUCUCCGGCCAAUCCGCCGACGCCAUUACCUGGAAAUUGACUGGCAACCUUGGCGGCGAGGAUUAUAUCGACAAAGUCCGCGGUCCACUCAAUGAAGGCGGUCUCUACGCCGAACGCCAGGGCUUCCAUCAGCCUUCGGCACCAACCAAGGAUUGGAAAUCGGGUAGUCCCUUCGACGGCCUCUCAGCGCCUGGAAUCAAAUUCUACAGCACGAGCUUCGAUCUCGAUAUCGAGAAGGGCUGGGAUGUUCCCCUAUACUUCAAUUUCGGAAAUAGCACGGCAUCGCCUGCUGCUUAUCGUGCCCAGCUUUAUGUCAAUGGCUACCAGUAUGGUAAGUAUGUGAACAAUAUUGGGCCUCAGACUAGCUACCCUGUUCCCGAGGGAAUUUUGAACUAUCGCGGGAGCAACUAUAUUGCUUUGAGCUUGUGGGCUCAGGAAGAUGAUGGUGCUAAAGUGGAGAGUUUGGAGUUGGUUUAUACUACUCCUGUGUCGACGGCAUUGGAUGAGGUUGAGGCGGCCGGGCAGCCGAAGUAUUCGAAGCGGAAGGGGGCUUAUUAG